CUGUCUACUUUCUUCCUUCUUUUCCCGACCACGCUAGAGAAAGGUUCUCUCUAGACCACGCUCUGGUUUCUCAUUUCCGUUCUUUUGUGCUUCACGUUUAUCUGGUUAUGGGCCCAGCCUUACGCCUUACGACGAACAAAAAAUGGCGAAUUCCAGUUUCAGAGAAGUAAGCCACAUAGCCAAAUUUAAUGGAAACAAUUUCUCACUUUGGAAAUUCGGAUGUUGGCUAUUGCUUGAACAACACAAUCUUGUAGGGAUUGUAAAUGGAGAUGAACUCUAUCCUGCUGAAAACAUUAAUCCUGAAGGAGAGAUUGUUAACGAACAACAAAUGGAGGAUUGGAUCAGGCGCGACAUUCUGGCCCGAAAUUAUCUUGUUGCAACAAUUGAAACGCAGCAACAACGAUCGCUAGUAAACUGCACUAACGCACGCGAAAUGUGGAUCCGCCUGUCAGCUCAGCAUCUCCAAAAUGCCGGCGAGAACCAGCACAUCCUGCAACAGCGAUUUUUCGAGUACCAGUUACAACCUGAUCAUGACAUUAUGUCCCACAUAACUGAAAUCGAGACGAUGGCCAUUCAACUUCACGAUGUUGGUGCACCUGUCACUCCUCUCCAGAUCAUGACGAAAAUCAUUUGUACUUUACCUCCGAGUUAUCGCAGCUUCACCACAGCCUGGGACAGUGUACCAGCUAACCAGAAGACAAUUGCUUUGCUCACAUCUCGGUUACUGAAAGAAGAGACCAUGGCAACACGCUUCAACGGAGGGCAGCAAGACUCGAUUGAUGCCGCCUUUUUUGCUACACAACGUUCUCCAGCUUCCCCGGAAUUCCGCCCAUUCAAACGUGGACGAGGAGGUCGUGAAGUCAAACAAGGCGAAUCAUCAAAACAUCAUCCAUAUCCAAAAUGCGAAUAUUGCGACAAGCCUAAUCACAAAGAAGAAGUGUGUCGUAUGCGACUUCGAGAUGAAGCGGCAGCAAAGCGAUUUUCAGACAGACUUGCUGCAUCAACACUUUCCCAAUAAUAUCUUCUUUCUAUCCAGGAAUCCAAGCAGAAAGAACGACAAUGAUUGCCCUUUUUCUUUUUUUGAUUUAGUUGCCUCAAACCGUUUUUUUUUUUUUCAUCUUGUUUCAGAGGGAGAAUGAUCGAUGUUGCGGGGCCACUGCAACAAAUUAUCAGAAACAAUCAUCCAUUAUUUAUUUUCUUUUAUCCUCCUAAUGUAUGAGAGGGGGUGUUGGAGCAUACAUUUUCUCUCUCUCUCUUUUCCUAAUGUAUGAGAGGGAGUGUUGGAAUCAUACAUUACUUCAGAGUGAGAGGAACGAUUAAUAGAUGGCGCAGGUUGACCAUCCCAUAUAGUCGGCCUCCUUUUC